UCGGUCUCUUACAUGUUGCUUUGUGUUCUGAAUUUCGAUUGAUUCAAAAAGAGCUGUAUAGAGAAAUGCGUUAAAAUUUUGAUGUAAUCCUGGAUGUUAUAGUUUUCUAACAAUCAGUAGUUUUUUUUUUUUUUUUUUGAAACUAUAGUAUAAGUAGUUGGCCGUCAGCUGGGUUAUGAUAUUCCGAAAGAUAGUGAAAUGUAAUGUUUUCAGAUUUGUUAUUUGUUGUAUUAGGAAUUUUUACAUGUAUAUUGAUCGAUAAUUUUAAUACAUUUAUCGCAUUGAUAACAUGUUCUUUCAUAGUGUAUUAUUUUUCACAUGUUUUGAGCAGGAACCAAUUUGUUGUCUUUCUUAUCGCCAAAAUAUGGGGAGGAAUUUUUUAUUGUUACCUAAUAGGAAAAAAGAUGUAUACUUUCUUCAAGUAUAUAUUCUUCUCCGAGAAAGUAUCUAUGAGAACUUCUGAGCAUUUAAAUGUUCAGCACUGUGGAGAAUUCGCGAACUUAGAGACUGAAAUUAAUGUCAUAGUAUCCAAGAUAUCGCAGUAUUAUAUACAUUCCUGGUAUAAUAAAAUCACUGACAGCGAAGAAUUUGUGUCAUAUCUUAAUACUAAUAUAAAGGAGUCGCUUUUGAAUCUGUGUUAUAGUAUUUCAAGUAUAGAGAAAAAGAGAUUGUCCUAUGUAAUUCUAGAACUUUACCUUCAUUUUUUCUCUCAUUUUCUUGAUACAAAGAAGAAGUCCGAGCAAUUUAAACUGGAGAAUUUUGAGAUGAAACACUGGGCUGCCAAAGACAUUUUAACUGAGUGGUGUUACUUACAGAGUUUAGUUAGUACUUUAUUGGAUUGUUUUGGUCCAGCUGCUUAUGAUAAUUCCUUUCAUAGUAAAUGUCGACCUUUAUUACAUGCUGUUGUGAUUGAAAUUUUAACUGAAAAUGUAAUGUUUCCUCUUGUAAAUGUUCUUUCUGAUUCAUCACGUCUAAAUAGCUGGAUCUUAAAAUUAGUUACAAACUAUACAGAAAUAAGUGGAGGUUCUGAUGUAGAUGAGUUACGUUUAAAAGAUAGUGCUCUUUAUUCUAAAGAGUAUGCUAAUAUAAAGCCUGAAAUUUUAUUGUCAUCAGAAGAUUCAUCUGCAAGAAGGUUAAGUGAAACAAGUGAUGAAUUUAUCACCCAAGACAUGUUACCUGUUCCUUUUGAAAAUCAAGCUGUUUGUGAUAGAGGCCAAAUUCAUUAUAUUGAUAAAGAAGCCCUUAAUAGAAAAUUUAGUGAUCGAACUCAGUCUGAUAGUUUUCCUUGUUUUGUAUCAUCAGGGAAAAAGUCAUCAAGUAACAUUAAUUUAGUAGAUAAUGAAUUUUUGAAUGCUGCAGUUUUAAGUUGUGGAGAUUCUCCAGCUGUUUCCUCCCUUUCUACAAUUAAGAGGUCAAGAAGUGCAGAUUAUAUUCGUCAAAUGCCACAGUUAAGAGCUUUAAAUGUAAAAGACUACAACAUUGUUUUACAAAGUGAAAAUAAUAAAAUGUUGGUUGCGCUCAAGUCAGAUUCAAAUUCUAGUAAUGUAAAUUUUAGUAAUAUAGAGCAAGCAGAAGAAGCUGUGGAGAUUGAAGUACCUACAUUAUUCACUGAUGUAAAAAUUACUGAUACCCUACAACAAAGUGAAGCUGGAUUAGUUCCAUAUACACUGUACUGUAUUCAGUAUUCUGGCAUUUUCCAUGAUACUGGAAACUCAUCAGAAACGCCGCAAUUUGUAAAGCAUGUAGUGAGUAUCAAAAGGCGCUUUAGAGAAUUUCUAGCUCUGCAGUCUCGAUUAGAAGAUAACCCCUCAUUGAAAAGUUAUUUGAAAGGAAUAAAAGGACCAAGUAAAUGGUUAGCAUUACCAUUUUCAAACUUGGAUAAAAAGAAUAUUACAGAAAGAAAGUCGUUUUUAGAAAGCUACUUGAAAGAACUUUGCAGUCAAGGCCCAAUUGCUCAGAGUUCCGAGCUUCAAGAAUUUUUAGCUUAUGGUGGUGAUGCUAGAAUAGCUUUUGCUAAAAAAGCAACUGAUAUUGGUGUUCCUAGAAUUGAUAAGAUGCUUGUUCGUGGUGUGAAGGGUGCGAUUGAUAUGUUUAGAACUGCAUUACCAAAUUCUCCAGUUGACAUUAUCUGUGGAGAAGAAACUGGAACUCCAUCAAUGAAAUCCACAUUUGAAGAUGCAAGUCCUGACCAUAGAUUUCAAGAGCAUUUGCUUGAUUACUCUAGUCGUGAGCCAGAAAUUAAGGAACAUGUAAGGAAUUAUUUCAAAAAUUUUCUUGAAAAUCCUUCAUCAGAGUCUUUGCAUGAAGCUUGGAAAACAGAGGAUAUUCCUAGGAAGUCUUCCUUAUUAAGGCAUACCUGUAGUUUAAAAAUUGAAGAUAGUUGUCAGUGUUCCAGAUUAUUCACCUUGAAUGAUGAUUAUUAUCUCAAAGAAGAAAAUCUUUUUGGAAAUGUCAUCAUUGAAAUAGUUAUUGAGACACUUAAAUUUAAUGAGAUGAAUUAUGAUCGUCUGUUUUCUCUAAUGAAGUUAUGUGCAUCAUACAUUGAUAGGUGUUUUGUAAAUAAACUGGACAGCAUUUCUGAUGAAACUUUUACAACUUUGUUACAUUUACUUCAUAAAGCUUUGUGGUCUGAUGAAAAGCCUUUAGAAGAGCCGAAGUCAAAUGCAGAUCCUGCUGUAACAGUGGAAAAAAUUAUGGAGAAUUUAGAAGGUAAACCAUACAUAACAGUGCAUUAGCCCAAACUUCAGUAUAAUGACCUAUAAGUCCUGAUGGAUGUUUUAUUAGCUUAAUUUUUCUGUCUGCAUAUAGGGACCCAUCAGUCAGCCAAUAUUUAUAGUGACCUUGAAUGUUGUUUUGUGUGAAAUCCACAAACAAGUAAAUUCUGUUUUACCAUGAGUACAAUGUAAAUAUCAUUUUGAAAUUUAACUUUAUUUGGAAGUUAAUCGUAGAGACUAUAAUAAUCAUCUUUUAUUCCCUCUUGAGCUUAUUAAUAGCACUUAAAUAUUUGGUUCUGCUGCAUAGUCUUUGUAUAAUGCGUGGAAUUUCUUUAAGCUGAAAAGAU